AUGGGGGGGGCGCAGCUCCUGCUCCUGGUGGCGCUGGCGGCGACCCCGGGGGCUUUGGGGACCCGCGGGGACCCCGCGGCCGCGCUGAGCCCCUGCCCGGGGGGCUCUCGCUGCCCGGGGGAGGGGUCUCGCUGCUGGGGGGGGUCCCGCUGGUGCUGGGGGGGGGGUCCCGGCCGCCCCCCGUGCCGGCCCGUGAACGUGACGGUGGCGCUGGAGAAGGACGAGUGUCCCCAGUGCCGCGCUGUCACCGCCACCGCCUGCGGGGGCUUCUGCCGCACGCGGGAGCCGGUUUACCGCAGCCCCCCUGGGCCCCCCCCGCAGGCCGCCUGCACCUACUCGGGGGUUCGCUACGAGCGCUGGAUUUUGGGGGGCUGCCCCCCCGGCACCGACCCCGCUGUCACCGUGCCGGUGGCCCUGGGCUGUCGCUGCGGCCGCUGCCCCAUGGCCAGCGCCGACUGCGCUGUCAUGGGGCUGGGACCCUCCUUCUGUGGGGCCCCGGGGGGUUUUGGGGGGUCCUGACACCCCCCGACCCCGGGGGUGGGACCCCCCACCCCAAUUUAUGGGGUAAUAAAACCUCCC